AUGGAGACUAUCGAAGUCGACGUCCUAGUCUGCGGAGGAGGCAUGUCCGGGAUGGCAUGCGCUGCCUUCGCCGCUGAAUCAGGAGCAAAGGUCCUGGUCGUUGAAAAACAGGCUGAAGUUGGCGGCUCGUCAAACUACUCCGCCGGAAUGUUCUGGGCACCACAAACGUACCAAAAGCUACGGAAUUGGGUCCCUCAAGGAGAUGCAGCAUUACAAAAGGCUUGGCUGGACGACUACCUGCCGGCUGUGCAGUGGAUGCGCGAAAAUGGUGUGCCAACGGCAGACCGAUUUGACGGUAUCAUGACGAUCGGCAUUGGAUUUCCCAUUCAAAUUCCUCAUCUUCAUGAGCUCCAUCAAAAACGCAUUCAGUCAAGCAAGACACGUUCUGAGAUCUUCACCAACACAUCGGUAGUCAAAUUGAAUCAGCAGCAGCCCGGCGUGUCUGGGUCACGCGUCACUGGUGCUGUCAUCCGUCGCGACUUCCCCAACACACCAGCCGUGCAUCAUGAAGUCAACGCGAAAGUGGUGGUUUUGGCAACGGGAGGCUUCCAGGGUUCUCCAAAUUUGACAUCAAAGUACCUAGGACAAGGUGGAGACAAUAUCUUCGUGCGUUCCAAUCGUGGUUCGGUGGGCGAUGGACUGAAUCUGGCUAUCCAAGCCGGUGCAGGAACUAGUAGAGGCAUGAGCACGUACUAUGGCCAUCUUUUGGCGGCGCCACUCCGAGUGGAGGAUGUUGAUCCAAAGGAUUAUCUGACGCUUGCUCAAUACCAAAGCAAAUAUUGCUUGCUCCUUAACGAAGCAGGCCAGCGAUUUGCUGACGAGAGUAUGGGUGACGAGAUCAUCAACCAAUGCCUCGCUAAGCAAGAGAAGCGUCGCGGGUUCCUGGUGUUCAGCGAGAAGACCCGCGUGCAACACUGUGUCAAGGCAUUAUUUCCGAAUGCGGGCGACGUGGAUCGCCUGCAAAAAGCCCGCGAGCAUGGCUGUAAUGUCGGAAGCUCGCCGACAUUGGCUGGCUUGGUGGAAAUUCUUCACCAGUGGGGUGUGAGUUAUUCGAGGGCUAGACGCACUAUCGAGGAUUAUGAUCGAGUGGUGCGGCAAGGAAACACAAGCAUCGCCCUGGACGCCCCUGUUGGUCGUGGAGGCCCGCCGCCUGUACCUUUAGUCGAUGGCGAGGGUCCGUUCUAUGCCAUGGAGGUUCAGCCGUCCAUCACAUUCACCUACGGCGGUAUCGCGAUCAAUGACAAAGGACAUGCCUUGACUGCUGACCGAUCUCGCAUUCCAGGACUUCUUGUCGCGGGCGUGGAUGCGGGAGGAUUCAGUAAUGUCGGAUAUGCGGGGGGACUUGCCCUGGCUUUUGUGACAGGUUUCUGGGCUGCGCGGGAGGUCGCGCGUCAAACAGAUUUGCCUGAGCCUUGCCUGCCUGCUGCCGAUGUUCGAGAUAGACAGGACAAGCCUCUCACGGGCCGCCUUUGA